CUUCCCCACACACAACUAGACCACCGCCGCCAUCAUCGCCGCCGCCGCCGCCGCCAUCAUCGCCGCCGCCGCCGCCGCCGGCCGCCUGCGCCAUGCUCCGCCUCCGAGGGCGCAUCGUUGCCCAUCUCCUCUCUUUCUCCUCCACCUCUGGCCCGGCCAUCUCCCCUCUCCACCGGCUCCUCUCCGCAUCGGCAGCCGCCGGCCCCAUUUCCCCGAACCCCGGUGGAUUCGCCGUCGAGGACUACCUCGUCGACACCUGCGGGCUCACCCGGCCCCAAGCCCUCAAGGCCUCCACGAAGCUCUCCCACCUCAAGUCCCCCGCCAACCCCGACGCCGUCCUUGCCUUCCUCGCCGGCGUCGGCCUCUCCGGCGCCGACGUCGCCCCGGUUGUCGCCAAGGACCCGCAGCUCCUAUGCGCCAAAGUGGACAAAACCCUGGCUCCGGUGGUCGAUGGGCUCACCGGCCUCGGCCUGUCGCGUUCUGACAUCGCCCGCCUCGUCUUGCUCACCCCCGGCGGCUUCCGCCGUAGAGCCAUAGUCUCCAGGCUGCACUACUACCUGCCCCUCUUCGGCUCAUUCGACAACUUACUCCGGCUGCUCAAGCGCGAAUCCAACCUUCUCUCAAUUGACCUUGACAAGGUGGUCAAACCCAAUGUCGCGUUCCCGAGGGAGUGCGGGCUAGGUGAUUGUGAUAUUGCCAAGCUGUGUAUCCGUGUGCCGAGGUUGCUCACCACUAAUCCGGAGCACGUCGGGGCGAUGGUCGCAUGUGCUGAAAGAUUAGGUGUGCCCCGUGGCUCUGGGAUGCUCAGGCAAGCGCUGCAGGCUGUCGCGUUUCUCAGCGAGGAGAAGAUUGCCGCCAAAGUGGACUACUUGAAGAAUACGUUCAGGUGGUCUGAUGCCGAAGCUUGCGUUGCUGUGCGCAAGUAUCCGAGUGUGUUGAGGAAGUCAAAGGAAUCUCUGAAGUGCAGGUCUGAGUUCCUGGUCUCUGAGGUGGGAUUUGAACCCGUGUCCAUUGCUCAUCAACCGGUAGUUCUCAGUCUUAGCUUGGAGGGCCGGCUCAGACCCCGGUACUAUGUUAUAAAGUUUCUCGAGGAAAAUGGACUGCUACAUCGUGACCCGAGCUUCUUUACUGCGGUCAAGAUCACUGAGAAGGUAUUUGUGGACAAGUACAUAUCCCCUCACAAGGAAGCUGCACCGCACCUCGCUGAAGACUAUGCAACAGCUUGCAAAGGGGAAGCGCCAACUAAUUUCAUAUUUAGAUGGACCAGGAACAGGCUAUGAAAAUCCGUAACCUGUGUAUGGGUGUUUAGGCCUAACUGGAUGUUGACUAUCUUUUCUAGUGUGUUUGCUACUUGCCAGUUUGCUCAUUGCUAACUCUUAAUGUAACUAGUAAUAAAUUGAUUUCUGAACCCUGAUAGGCUGUUGUUGUCAUUCCUUAGAGAAGAUCCUUCAAAAUAUGUUCCCUUUUGAUUUCAUUGUAUUUUCAGUUGGAUCAUAUUUCAGUUAGUACUAAGUUUGUGGUUCAAUGUUUAGUAUUUGGAUUAUUCUUACAAAUAUUAUGACAGUUAGUACUAAAGUUUGUAGUUCAAUGUUAAGUAUUUACAUUAUGCUUAGAUAUAUAUUUCUAAUUGAUGUCGGUUCUUUUUUAACCUUUUGUUUUCUUCCACCUUAUUCAUUCCUAAAUACCACAGUUGACCUUUCUUUAGUUUGGAAAUUUUCAAAUUUCUACAUAUGAAUCAGUCUUAUCAUUUGCACCCCUCAUUAAUUGUCAGAAUAAACCAAUUGAGGUGCCAUGUAUAACAAGCAAAUCCAAUGAAGUUUGAACUAACACUUGUUCUUGUGGACAUAUGAAGAAGAAAAGGCUAUGAGAUUUUCCCACUACAACGUACUGCUUGCACUGAGGGCAAACAUUUUUUUCUUCAUAUCUGUCUACAAUUCAGUGAAAUCGUAGAUUUAAGAAUAUAGUUUGCAACAAAAUUCAUCCCAGUUUUCUGCCUUGAAACGACACUGAGACCUUCGAUCUGUUGUCCAUCCUAACAUAAAAAGUUGCGAAUUGUUUUGUUUAGCAAGGACUAAGAUUUCAGAGUUGCUCGACUAGUACUUGUCUUGCAACCAAAUUAGUAUCGCAACAUGUCCACGAGUAAGUGCCCUGGGCACUUGUAAUCCUUCGUGUUUAGUGAUGUAUGUAUCUGUUCUGAUUGUGUUUAAUGAGCAGCAGGGAUAACUAACUGUGCUACUGUUACCAUGGCACUAUAUACAAGUAUUUUUCCUGUUGAAACACAUGAAAGAUCACAACCAUAUCGAUCUGAAAAAGAAGAUAAAUGAGAAAUAGUAUAUAUUCAGUAAAAACAAAAUAUCAAUUCAUGAAUUACUAAAGAUUAUACCUGGCCCUGGGUGAUGAAGUGCACAUCAGCCAUCGGAUGUAGUGCGCCUCUGUUCUGUUGCUUCUGCAGAGCGUCAGCAGAUCUGGGCUGCUGUUGCUAUUUUGUUCUGCUCAGUGACUUGGACUGGGUUUAGUUAACUUGCUUUUUCCUGAACUUCAUGAUCAAAACAGAGAAGAACUUAAGGGACGCAAGAGGGGAAAAAAUGAAACACUUAGGCAAGCUGUACAUGCUUGUGUUGGUCAGUGCUUUAUAUUUAUGUGGAGACGAAUGUGUUGGAUAUUUUGUUCAAAUAGGAGGGAUAUAUCUAAGCAUAUCGCCACUAGGGAAAGGUCACUCUACUGUUCAGGUUGAUAAACUUUCUGUAAACGGGGUUUACUUGAUCAAAAUUGGAGGUUAAGAUAGCUUGUUAUUUUUCACUGAGAUUAGGCUUAUGUUUUACUCAGAAAUUCUGGCUAACUAUCUCUGAAAUAAAAGAAAAAUGAACCUAAUUAGUCUGAUUUAAAGUUUCUGCUGGACAUAUUGACAGAACUUAUUCACCUGCACCUGGUCUAUUUCUGAGGAGUAUCUCCAGACUAUUUAACCGUCGCAACCACAAAUGCCAAUCUUUCAAUACUCCUCACAGGAAGAAAAAGGGGUAUAGCAAAUCAGGAAUAUUUAUGCAUGGAAGGUCACUUGAUGCAGAUAGAGAGCAUUCCUUACUCUAUUUACACAUAUCUUAUAUUCCUUCUGCUUGGUCAACAUAUAUGGUUCGUGGGGCCAGUUCUGUCUGGUCGAGCAUGUUAAUGUAUCAGGGGAAGACUGCAUUCUGAGAUCAGUUGACAUGUUAAUGUGGAAUAAAAGAAAAUGUCACUAAGCUUCUCAACAUGGGCAUGCUCGACAGCCAGGUAGUUAUAUAAAAUAUUCUUAUCUAUAUUUACUGAAGUUUAUGUAUGUAUGUCCAAUUUAUCCAUUAAUUUACAUCCUUGGUCCUCAUGGUGCUGCCACUGAAGUAGAUCAUAAUGCAUUUUACUGAAGUGGGAGUAAUGCCAGUUCUCCACUCAGCGUAAUGUCCCUCUGGUAUAUAUGAAUCUACUUUUCAUUGAUGCAACUGAUGUACUGCCACACAAGGACAAAUACUAUAGGAAAAACAUGAUUCUUCCAUCCUGUGACUGAGUGGUUGUAUUCAGAGAAUCGCAGCUAUUUUCUUAUGCUUGCCUUGAAUGGUAUACUUCAAUUCCACGUGCCUAAGAAUAAUUAAGUUGACCAAACUGGUUUUUUUGUAGUAAGUUUGAAACCCAGGUAACUAAUUCUGGAACAGAGGUAGUUAGUACUUCAGUAUGAGAUAGUUACCACAUUUAAUGGAAGAUGAAAGGAAAAACAGAUAAUAGCGUCAGUUUUCUUUUUGUUCCAUCCACUAAUAUGCUUAUAGUGAUAUUAUGUAAGGUCAAUACUCUUUGCUGCCUGAUUACGAUUCAGCUGGUGGAGCUGUCGAAUCCAUGCCUCUGCGCACACCUGCUGGACAAUUUUCCAGUGCCAACAAUAGCCAGGGAUCAACUCUUGUCUGCAAGGCCCUGUUUCACACUCUAGCCUCACAAGAACACUUUACUGGUAUUCUUAUAUUUAUGGCCUAUAUCACACAGAGAUCUGCAUUAUACAUUGUAUUAUCUAUUAUUCCAGAUGUGACUGCCUUCUCUUUCUGUGUAACACUGCAAUAUUUUUUUUGUUUAUCUGCUGAGAUCUGCUUCUCUAUGCAGUGCAUUCCCUCAUCACAGUUACUCGGCAUACAGUCUAUUGGGGUGAUUAUACCAAAGCUAUGAUUUCAAACUUAGCAUUUUCUUUUGCUAUAAGGUACUAUUGUCCAAUAAAUAGUAGACACUAAGUUCUGUAUACAGCAAGUAGUCUUUGGAGAAAACAAGGGGUCCACGAGUUGUCAUCUUUGUGCUUUCGUUGCAGACCUGUCCAUUCUGUCUGGUUGCUGUGAGGUGAGCCCUUUCAGAAACCAGCAUUGUACUGUGCCACAACAGUUUAUGUGUAUAUAGUUUCUAACUUUCAUCUACGACGAUUUUAAUUAGCAUCCACAUUCACUAUCUGACAUAAAUUCAGUUCCUUUUCUAUACUGCUUACAAAAGGAGACUUAAUUAUGGUCUGGUGUCAUCAGUGUAUGUCUUACAGAUAGUUCUGCUUUAGUUUUAUUCUGUUGCAGUUAAUAGUGUAUCUUCAGCUCCUUCCAUUUAUAUAUUACUUUUGCAAGACUGACUAUGAAAUAACAAAGUGGAAAAUACGAUAGAAUGUGGCCAGGCAAAUUUAAUAAGCGAUUGCAGGUCUUAGCAAAGGCAGAGCCUAGGCAAUCAAAACUGAAGGAGAAAUAAGAUGGGAAGUAGAGGAAAUUAUAGCUUAGGAGGGGAGGCAACAGACAACCCAAACUCGUAGAAAUAUAGAUAGUAGUGGAUCUUGAAGAAUUCAUCUUGGUCACCCUCCUUAGCGGUGGGUGAGCCGGAGCGGUGUCUAACAAAACAAAGUGUGUGCCUGUACCUGUAAGAAGCCGAACUCCUUGCCGGCCUGAAUGGCAUGCCUGAAUGGUCUUAUCUAAUUAUAUUUUUCCAAAUCAUGGUCUAACAAAACAAUAUCCCAUGUUUGACAAAGAGUUCUACGGUCAGUCUUUUUUUUAUCACACUUGACUGAAGAGGUGUGCUUUUCGAUGGAUGUAUCAGCUCAAAUACGCACAGGUAUACUGCACUUGAGGUGAGUUGUGCUUUAUCAGGUUUCCACUGGACUGACUAUUGUUCUUAGAAACACAAAAUGGAAUUUAUAUACAUUGGCUCCUGGUUGAAAUUACUGGUAGCGUCAGUAGAUUAUUUUAUACGAAUGGUCUGGCUGAACACUAGAAAAGAAUUUCAGUCGCAAAAAAAAAUAGAACACUAAAAAAGAAUUGGCCUGUUAGUUUACAUACUUGGUGUGUUUUGGUUGCACAUACAUUCUUCUUGGGCUUCCUUUUGUUGCAGAGAAUGCUUUUUUUACAGAUCCUGUCCCUCUGCCCUAUGAGGUGAGCCCUUUCAGAAAAAUAUAUCUCAGCUUUUCAUGUCUUGAAACUGGUGUAGUGAACAUGUUUGGUUUUAGGGCUUCACCAAUCCAGUGUAGUUUGACUUAGCACAUAUGACCAAUGGCCUUUUAGUUUGUUAAGGUACAAUUAGGGGUGCACAAUUUCUACCUCGGGAUGCUCGAUGCACGCAUGCACUAAUUUAGGGGUGCCAGCUGAGCUGCUGCUGAUACUCCCUCCGUCCGAAAGUACUCGUAGGAGAAAUUGAUAAAAUGGAUGUAUCUAGAACUAAAAUAUGUCUAGAUGCAUCCAUUUCUCCGACGAGUAUUUCCGGACGGAGGGAGUACAUCUAAUUGAUACUGAUUCUAACAUUUCCAAACUCUACAGACCAGUCAUUUGUCAAAGGGUCUGCUGAGUGCUGACUGAGAUAUUCAGAGGCGGUGUCAGGCCCUAGGCAGCCUGGGGUGUGGCCGAGAAAUCCUUCAUGCCUGUAGCAUACUGUGGCACUGUAGCACAAGGCUGGCCUAGGGCGUUGGCCGAUCCUGGCUCCGCCGUUGGAGCCUGGCCCUGCCGCGUCGGCGGCGGCGGAAGGGGUGACGAAGUGGGGCCGUGCUUGCUGCCGGCUCCUCCGGCUACG